CCACUUUUGCCUCCCACAGUCUCCUUCCUGGAUUAUAGUUGAGUUGCCACUUCUUGCUUGUUCUUGGGAUUUACAGGUUUGAAACGAUGUGCUCUUUGGGUUUUGCCAAAUCUCUAGGUUUUGCCCUAAUCCCACUGGCCAUCUGCUGCUUUGUGGCCAAUGUGCUGCUUUUCUUUCCUGAUGGAGAGGUGAGUUUUGCCAGGGAUGACCAUUUGAGCACCUACGUGUGGUACUUCAUGGGAAUAGGAGGAGGCGGUAUUGCAAUAAUCAUAAGUGCGCUUACUUUUCUGAGUAUGGCGAAGUGCGCUGACUCCUGUGGAACAGAGAGUUGUGCUAUGUGUGGCUCUGUGAUAGCGUCUCUCAUUGGAUUGGCCGGCUCUGGUUAUUGCUUCAUCAUCUCAGCGUUGGCCAUGAUAGAGGGUCCACGUUGCUUGAGCAAAUCAAAUUGGAUAACGCCUUUCCAGGAAAAAGGGCCAGAGUAUCUGUUUGACCGUGAUUCCUGGUCUAUGUGUGAGCAGCCUGCUCACAUUGUUGAGUGGAAUGUGACGUUGCUGUCUAUCCUGUUAGGCCUCAGCCUGAUUGAGUUCCUCAUUUGCUUUGUGCAGUUUAUCAGUGGGUUGGUCAGUGCUGUCUGCAGGCCUUGCUGCUAUAAGCAGCAGUAUAGCCUGAGUGCAUGAGGACACAAUGGACGACCAUUACAUUAUAUCACCAACAAAUACUGAUCUUCUAAAGAUAGGAUGCUAUUAACAAAAAAACCUUCUGAAAAUACCUGACACAUUACAGUAUAUGGGAAUUGGGUCAGUGUAGCAUGACGAACCUGUUCUAGCAUGACAUAAGAGCAGCUGUCUUAUACUAUUCUAACAGAAUCAAUGCCAAUACAGAAUCACUGUAUCACUACUUUAUAGUGAGACAUAUGACAUAUAACUAGAACCAGAAAAAACAGACAUUUGUAAGUUACAGUUUUUUUCCACCUGUUAGAAUUAAUUACUAAGACAAUAUAAUCAAGACAGUCUUGCCUUUAUAAAGAAUUUCAAAUGUGCUUUAUAAAUUCUGAUUAUAUGUUGUAUGGCUCCAUUGUCCAUCUUGUCAAAUGUAUUUCUAAAUUGUGUUUUCUGUGUUUCAUUUUAAAAAAGAUAACUUAUUUUCCAUUCUUGACUUAUUUUUCAAUUAGUUGUGUUGAUGUAAAAAAAAAAAAAACUUGAUGGUAUGUAUCAUAUAUGUAAAUGUAUAUUAUUUUUAUAAUGUUUAUGUUGCCUUAAAAUGAAUAAAUGUUACAUUUUAGACAUAUGCACCAGUUUUAAUAUAAUGUAUAAUUAUAUAUAUUCAAAGCAUAGUACUGAGAUUGUAUGUCUUUGCUGCAGAAAAUGCAUUAGUGCUGUUGGAGGUAGUUUCUUCCAUAAGAGCUUUUAUUCUUGAACCAUGUUCUUGUAAAACCAGUGGUAAAUGUUUUUCACAAACCCAGUUCACAAAUGAUAUUUAAAAUUAGAUUUGGAAGGCGUACAUUUAGAGAGCCAUAUGGCUAAAUGAGCAAAUGUGUGGUCAACAAAAUUUGUUUAAGAUCCAAAUAUAACAUAAACUCUGGACAUUGAGCUGCAAUGAGAGAUUUCCAUGAGAGGUUUCCCCUGAUGCGGCCUUUAGUUCUGUAAAAUAGAUUCCAAAAGUCUGAGACCAAGUUUGUGCAAAACCUGAUGAUUCAUGAUCAACACAUGGAUAAAAAAGAUAAAACUCAUUGAAAAUCUGAGCAGUUGUACAAAGGAAAUAAUAUGGUCAGUAUCACAAACCUGCUUAAAUUUAAAAAGUAACCAGAUAAUUAUUCAAAAAUAUCCAAGAUUUUGAACAUUUGUUUGUUGAAGACUUUUCUAAAAUGUUUUGUUUAUUUCCAGUUUUAAAUUGAUCCUGAAUUAUAUUAAGAUUUAUCAUUAGCUCACAAUGCUUCAAUAUACAUAAUUCUCUUGAUAAUAUAUUGAAUAUUCUGUUCUAUGUUUAAAGACCAAUUUGUUGUGUUUUCAUCACAAUCUAAGUCUCUCAACUCAAUGAAACAUUGUGAACAAUGUUAUCAGUAGCUAUAUUGAUUUGGGUAGAGGGCAGUAAGCUGAUUUCUCCAUCUUGCGUAAUUCACACUGGCUGGAAAUUACGCAUUUAUGCAACACUGGAAGAAAACACACAUAUAAACAUGUACAAAGAUCAGACCAUGAACAAAACUGAAUAGUGUGACGUGA